CGUUGAACGGUUUUUUUUCUCUGUCUGCAAUGGCUCGAUCGCCAGUAACUUUGGGGGACUUUUUAAGAAAAGACCCUUCCUCUACCAUGGUUGGAGCACCGCGACCAAGAAGCCCGAAACAGACAGAUAAAAAGUUUAAUUACGCGGCUGGAAAAAACGAAGAUUGGAAUACCGUCUCCAACGCGGUUACUGCGUUGUUUCAACGAAAGAAGUUAACGAAAUUCGAAUUGAGCAGUCUCAUGGAGAAAGUGAAAACAGUGAAACAAGAAAUCAACGGCCCUGCCAUAUGUGAGCGUUUUAAAGAAUCUUUAGUAAAGGGGAUGAUUAUACUGCGAGAGGACGUGAAAGCCAAGAAUGGCGAAGUUCUUUUGGACAAACUGGCAGAUAGUUGGUCUUAUUUUUUCUGCACUAUAUUACCUCUCCUUCAGGCCAUUUUUUUAGAUAUUCAGUCACGGGAAGCUCAGUCUACAAGGGCUAUUGCUUUGUUAAGUUUUCGAGAUGUGGUUGUUUUGAAAACCAAGCUGGAAGAAGCGUUUGUUAUGGACUUGACAGUCCCCCCUAAACUGGUCCAGAUGUUAUUAAUUUUACAGGUGAGAAUUACUAGUGUUUAUGUUACCGGUCAAAAUAAAAUUCAGGUUAAAUGUUUUUAGCCUAGUUUGAUUCUCUAUUUCCUUUGUCUUCUAGUCCUAAUUAUUAGAGUUAAAAAUUUGUAACCUGAAUUAAAUUUUAACCUGUAACAUUUGCACUAUCCCCUAUAAUUUUUAAGUCUUUCACUUCUAACAGCACCAGAGUGAAAAUUUACAAGACAUUCCAAAUUUAUUUUUUGUAAAAUCCUAAGAAAUAUACAGUACCAUGUAAAACAGUAUUCUCUGCUUGUGCUGCCUGUUCUGGCUGCUCAGUUUCGUUGUUGAGAACUUUGCCCCGUUCACUAGGGUUUCCAGAUCAACGAAAGCUACACUAAGACGAUCAGUAGAGUCGAUUGUAUUUAAUCACUUGGCUCACUUGUAUUCGCUCGUUACAGCAGUUGUGCAAGAGCUACUCUCUCAAACAUGGAAAAGAACGCUCGAUUUCAUACUAGUAUACAUUAGAUAUGAUUGGUUGUUGCUAGGCGAUAAUCAGAAAAAGGUCAAUCAAUUCUUGCAGCUAAAGUGUUCAUUGUCUCAUAAAAUCUAGACCUAAUUUAAACAUCCGUGUCACUAUAUUGUCACGUAACAUGAAGUCUCCGACAUCGUCGUCUGCGUGGUCUGCAGUUACAAGUUCAUCCUCGUCGCCAAUGUGUGGUGUAGUCAUGAGACAAGGAGAUACUCACACUUUCAUUGCUUUCCACAUAAUGUCCUUUAUUAACUGAACCACUAUCUUUAUCGUUACUAUGGUAAUCAAUACACUACAGUAACACUGUAGGAUUUUAACCAGAGAUCCAGACGUUAGAAAGACAUGUCAUCUCAUCAUAAACUGGUCUAGCUGGGAGUAAAAGGGUUAAGGCCAUCUUAUUCUUUUUUCUUUUUCGUUUAGCACUGAAUUUUGGGUCGGUCGAUCAGAUGAAAAAAGAAAAACAUGUAAAAAAAAUCACAAGAAGUCUGAGAACAGGAGGCUGAAACCAUAGCAUCAUUGCCAUGGAGCCUGGAAACAACAAGACAUGGUCACCAGAUUGACACAGACUCAGUAUUGUGGGAAAUAUGAUGGUUGAUGUCAUAGUAAAAAGCAAAAAAGAUACACCACCAAAACUUCUACAUGUAUGCCUGGAAAUGCCAUUACAAUGCUCAUUUUUCAGAUAAACAGGAUUAAUUUAAGUCAAAUCUCAAAAAUUUAGGUCGGUCGGAUGACGCUAAAUGGAGGGAAAAAGGAGGAUGGCCUGAUAUGCAUUCAAAAUAUUUCUCUUCUGUUUCUUAAAUCGCUGUUGGCCAGUUAAUGUUUCAUAACAAGUCAGUGCUGACCAAAUUUUGAAAGAUUAUCGUACACUUUUAUUGUUCAGCAACUUUUCUGUUGUGUCAAUUAUCAGUCACUAGAACAAUUUUGAACAAUAAUGCAUGUAUAUUACCCUUAGUAUCUCACAAAGACAGUGUUGCAGCAGUUGAGCUGUUUUGGCGGGGCAGAGUAAAAAGGUGGAAGAUUUAAAAUGCUUAGUGAAAACCAAAACGCCAAAUUACUGACUUAAAAGUGAAACUGCUCAAAGAAUAUUGACUGGCUUUUAAAGAAUUUCUACAGUAAAAAGCAUUCAUUUGUGCUCCAAAGCUGCUUUGUAGCGGCAAGGCUUUUACUACGAUUUCAAGUUCCCGGGUAUAUACAAUCAGUUGGCAGGAAAUUGAACAUCUGGGAAUUUCUUUUGGAAGUUGAAAGUGCCCAGGGGUCAUGCCCAUAAUAACCAGGGGAAAUCCCUGGCCGCCACCCCUUAGCGACAGCCUUGAGCUGGCAAAUUUUUCGAAGAAAUGCUAUGCAGAGAUUAUGAGCUUGAAAGUAUUUUGAAUGAAUAAUAAAUUUAUUGAAUUCUUCAUUCAUGUCAUAUUAAGAAUGCAGUCUGAUCUCAGAGGGUAUAACACCCCUGUACUGUAUUAACUCUUCAUUGAUCUUCAUAAUUCUUCAAAUCUUAUGAAUGUCAAAUUCAAUGGAAUAGAUAAGAAAAAGACAUAAUUUAAUGAGGAUUGACACUAAAUAGCCAGAGCUAAUAAACUUGUGGCCCUCUUAAAUAAAUAAUAAAUAAAUAAAUGAGGUAAACAGUUAAAUGGGUAAUACUAAAGCCGCUAGAUAUAAAAUACAAAAUAACAAACUAAAUAAUCUAAAUACUAUAGAUACUACUAAACUAUAUAAAAUACAAGAUAUAGCUGUAUAAUGUUGUCUGAACUAAUCAAUCAACUUAAAUAAGUAUAAUUAUUAUAAUUUAUUUCAAUUGUCAAUUAUUAUUAUAGAGACCCAUAGGCCAAGUUACUGUUGAUAGUAGAGGUGUAGACCUUCCAUACUUUGCAGGAGUUUUUUCAGUUAGUUUUCGGUAAUUUUCUGAUUGGUGUUUGCCUCCAAAUGGAAUUUGAUUUUUGGGGAUGUAAUCCAAACAAAGUACCCAUAUUAGAGAACCCAGUGUCAAUGGGUCUUGUUGUUACAUGUACGCUUGGCAAAAUUAAUGAAGGCUCAUUUUCUAAAACAUUGUAACACUUUUUAUGUUGCAGGGCGUUCAUGAUGACCAAAACAGUAGAAACUAUAGAAAACUGGAACAUUUAAUCUCCUAUGUUGUUCAGCCUUACCUGAGUUCAAUAGGAUUGAGAUCAAAGCCUUCCAAACCAACCGUGGAAGCUAAAGUGAGUGAAAGUAGUGAAGAAACAACUAGUGCUAGUAGCACUAAAGACAAUGUGACACCCUCCAGUCGAAAGUCUCGACCUUUAAGUGAGAGUUCUCUAGAACUUCAGUCAAAAUACUCGGCUGAUAGACUUCAUGAGACUGCAAUUCAAGCAAGAAAGACCAGGCAUUUUACCUUUGAUGAAGGUGUAAGUGAAUCAAGUGGCAGCUCUGUGUUUGCGUCCAGCUCAUCCACUGUUGUUUAGAUGUACUAUCAAAUCAGCUGGCAUUUCUCCACCUUCCAAAAACACAGCCAACCUCACAAUUGCAUUUUUAGCUGUCGUGAAUCAUAGCUAUGAUCACAACAAUGAACUCUGAAACACAAAAACAUGCAAAAUCCACCAAGACACAUCUAAUUGAUGGCAGCCAAAAAUGCAAACUUUUAAAAUUGGCAUUUAAACUUUAACCUGAGAUCAGGCUCUAUUUUGGUUUUGCUUUGAAAAUUACAUUCCGGCGGGCAUGGCGAAACUUUUAGCGCUGGCCGUUAGAGAGAAUGUAUGAGAACCGC